GGAUUGUGAGAGCGGCGGCUCCCCGGGCCCCGCCCGCAGCCCUCGGGGUGCCAGGAGGGGACCCGGCGCCCCUCCCUCCGCGGAGCAGCGGCCGCCCCGGACCAGAUCAGCCCCGAGCGCGGGGCGAUGAGCGGCUAACGGUCCCGUCGGGCGGGCUUUCCUCGGGCCAGAGGCGCAGGGCGUGCGCCCAGCUAUGCGGUGUCCCGGGAGACGGCGGGCAUGACGGCGGCAGGAUGGGCGCGAACAAUGGCAAGCAGUACGGCAGUGAGGGCAAAGGCAGCUCAAGCAUCUCAUCCGACGUGAGUUCAAGUACAGAUCACACGCCGACCAAAGCCCAGAAGAAUGUGGCUACCAGCGAAGACUCCGACCUGAGCAUGCGCACACUGAGCACGCCCAGCCCAGCCUUGAUAUGUCCGCCCACCCUGCCGGGAUUCCAGAAUGGAAGGGGCUCGUCCACCUCCUCGUCCUCCGUCACUGGGGAGACGGUGGCCAUGGUGCACUCCCCGCCCCCGCCCCCGCCCCGCCUCACCCACCCGCUCAUCCGGCUGGCCGCCAGACCCCAGAAGGAGCAGGCCAGCACCGACCGCCUCCCGGACCACUGCAUGGUGCACGUCUUCUCCUUCCUGCCCACCAACCAGCUGUGCCGCUGCGCGCGCGUGUGCCGCCGCUGGUACAACCUGGCGUGGGACCCACGCCUCUGGAGGACUAUCCGCCUGACGGGCGAGACCGUGCACGUGGACCGCGCCCUCAAGGUGCUGACCCGCAGGCUCUGCCAGGACACCCCCAACGUCUGCCUCAUGCUGGAAACAGUCAUCGUCAGCGGCUGCCGGCGCCUCACAGACCGAGGGCUUUACACCAUUGCCCAGUGCUGCCCGGAGCUCAGGCGCCUGGAAGUCUCGGGCUGCUACAACAUCUCCAACGAGGCCGUCUUCGACGUGGUGUCCCUCUGCCCCAACCUGGAGCACCUGGACGUGUCAGGGUGCUCCAAAGUGACCUGCAUCAGCCUGACCCGGGAGGCCUCCAUUAAACUGUCCCCCUUGCAUGGCAAACAGAUUUCCAUCCGCUACCUGGACAUGACAGACUGCUUCGUGCUGGAGGACGAAGGCCUGCACACCAUCGCGGCGCACUGCACGCAGCUCACACACCUGUACCUGCGGCGCUGUGUGCGCCUCACGGACGAGGGCCUGCGCUACCUGGUCAUCUACUGCACGUCCAUCAAGGAGCUCAGCGUCAGCGACUGCCGCUUCGUCAGUGACUUCGGCCUGCGGGAGAUCGCCAAGCUGGAGUCGCGCCUGCGGUACCUCAGCAUCGCGCACUGUGGCCGCGUCACCGACGUGGGCAUCCGCUACAUCGCCAAGUACUGCAGCAAGCUGCGCUACCUCAACGCGAGGGGCUGCGAGGGCAUCACGGACCACGGCGUGGAGUACCUCGCCAAGAACUGCGCCAAGCUCAAGUCUCUGGACAUCGGCAAGUGCCCUUUGGUCUCCGACACGGGCCUGGAGUGCCUGGCCCUGAACUGCUUCAACCUCAAGCGGCUGAGCCUGAAAUCUUGCGAGAGCAUCACGGGGCAGGGCUUGCAGAUCGUGGCUGCCAACUGCUUUGACCUGCAGAUGCUGAACGUGCAGGACUGCGAGGUGUCCGUGGAGGCGCUGCGGUUCGUGAAACGACACUGCAAGCGCUGCGUCAUCGAGCACACCAACCCUGCGUUCUUCUGAGGGAACCGCGUGGUUUUCAAUUUACAAUCGUGAACCAGACAGAAUGUUUUGUAAAGAAAGCGUCGACACCCACUCUCAGCAGCUGUUUCUUCCGGAAAGGCUCCUAGGAAUCUGGCUUUUAUUUUUCCUUAUUUUUCAUGGGCAACAGAGGUCAAAGCAAUAAAGGAGGGGGGGACACUUUUCGAUUACCGCAAACCGUGUUUGGGGUCGGGUCAUUUGAGGACAGUUUCCCUUCUCAGCAGGCUGAUCGCAGCGUCUCUAAGCCCCACCUUACUUUCAUACACACCCCACUCACCCCACCUGCACGAGCAGCGGAAGGUAUCAGAGUGGUGACGCCCUCCAGAGCUGCUCUGUAAGAUGCUGGAUUGGCCCAGCCCCUCUCCUCAAUCCCUCACCAGGCAAACCUCGGUUAGAUCUUUCACAGCACUCUGCAUAUAGAAAGAGCAUCCCAGAUCUUUUCUAAUAAUCCCUCAUGUCAAGCAGCGUGGUGAAAGUAGAGACCUGCAGGCUUUCCCCAGCUCUGCCUUAGCUAGUUGUGCUACCUUGGUCAGUGCACUUCACCUCUCUGGGGCUUCGGCUUCCAGCACUGCAUCUGAGGCCAUCCCCCGGGGGGUUAGAUUCCUGAUCACUUUAGAACUGACAGAACAGAGAUAGGAAUAAACAGAAGAACCCUGAUAGAGAACAAAGGCAUCUGUCUCUUGCCAGAGAAUUGAUUCUGUGAAUGGGGUGUGCUCUGGGGAGCUUCUGCAGUACCAGCUGCAGUGGGCAAAGGGUCUUUCCUGUCCUUUUGCUCCCAUCUGAGCGCCACCUUGGAUGGCUGCCUGGGCGGUUGGCUGUGGGUGAGACUAUUGCUGGAUGUGGUGGAAUCUAAAAGCAUCCCACACUCCACACACCUCACCAAAACCCCAGAACGUCUCAUCGUGGUGAAGCCCAGAUCCCCCAAUCAGGGUGCAUCUUAGAAGUGUUUUCAAAUAGGAAGAAAGACCUUCACAGUUUUUCAGUUAACAAGCAAGGCUCAGGAGAACACCAGUCCUCAAAGGUUUUUUCUAGUCCUUCUCAGUGCACACGUGGGAUGCCUCAGGCACAGCUGUCCUGUAGCUGGCAAGGACAGCCUCCUUGGUUCUUUGUCAUUCAGCUGUGUUUUGACUCUUUGCAUCUAUUUAUUUCUUUAUGUACCAGGCUUAAUCACGUGAAGCCUCUGGGGGUUACAUUUGUAAGUGUUUAAUUGUGCAAAUUGCCACCUUGUGUGUCUCCUCCUUGACUGCCUGCAUGUUUUCCAUUAGAGAAUGCAAAGCAGACUUCUAGGUGCUUAACUCCUGUUCCCCUAGAAGUGUCAGACCAAAGUAAAGGAACACAUUGAUAAGACAUGAGCUGAUCCACCAACUGAGCCCUUGGAAUAGAACAUUUAAAUGAUUACAAAAUAUGAAUUUUAAAUAGAUGGAAUUGAAAAUGGUCCCGUUGGGAUAGAAAUCAAUUUGGUAGCCUCAUGUAUGAGAAAUCAGGUAGCCAGAAGAAAUGACAUCGUUCCUUUUCAUGACAUUCUGUUGUCCUUUGUUAGUAAGUUGGGCGUUUUUCCCAAAUUGGUCUCCAGCCACACCUCUUCUUCAUCACUGCCGAAACAGCUUGUUCAUUUCCUUUUCAGAGGGUUGCAUGUCCAGUCCCAGAGCAUGCGCAUCCCCAAGGCAAGCGUGCUAAAUGUGUUUCAGGUCAUGCUUACACACUUCUUGACAACUGCAUUCCCACUGUAGGCUCCCGUGUGUGCGUACUGUUGUCUCAUGUUGGGAAGGAAGAGUUAGAGAUGAGAUCGCCUCUGUCCACGAGGUUUCUUUCAUACGUCAUAGGAAACAUGGCUUCCUGUGCAGCUACCAUCACCUUCAGCUCAAGUGAGCCAUCAGGACUGUGUGCUGCGGGGAAAGAGAUUUGUCUGCUUGGGGACAGUAUUUAGUGAUAGCCACAGAGUUCGGAGCCUUAAAAGUCGAAGGUAGCAUUACAUUGCUCUGUGUCCUGUGACCCUGCUCAAAGUUUCUGAAUUUCAGAGUCACAAAGGAUUGUUCCUACCCUUUGAUACUGGCCUAUUCCAAAUAAGCUGGUUUACACCUCCCAGAAGGUGCCAGCGAGUUUUACUCCCUGAACCACUCUCACCAGCAACUGACCGCACCACCCAAACUGUCUUCCAAGCAUUAGAUGAAGCCAGCUUUUCAUACCGCCUGCCCCACACGUACUAUUUCCCAGGUUCUCCCUUUUCCUGGACUCCUCCUCCUCCUCAUUCUGCUCCCCCCUGGAGUAAGAAUCUGGGACAGAGGUUACUGGGGAAACAACUCAGCAGAUGUUUAGAGACAAAAAGGCCUCUCUAAGAAACUUAUCUGUUUUAAAACAUUGCUUCCUUCCUGGCUCUGCUAAAUUGAAUGCUCAUUGUUGUUGUUGUUGUUUAAUUCUAAUGUUCAAAUCACUUUGUGCUGUAUGACUCUAGACAGCCUUAAUUUACUACCACCAAGAAAUAAAGCAAUAUGUUGGUAA